GCUGGUGAGUAGCUUUAGGUUGUGUGUUGUGCGCAUGUGCAAAACAUCAAGCCUGCGUUCUGGAUGAGCUCUACAUGUCUGAUGGAGUGAAGUAAUAAACAGUAGCAUUGCUCAGCACUACCAACCACUGUGAUGGACCCUCUUAAGAAAGUGCCUGUGCCUGAGGAUGUGGUUCACUAUAGGCUCUUUCUAGUCCAGCCAGACUCUGCGGCCAGUGAACAGACCCUCCUAAAGCUUCAGGAGGACCUGCUGGCUGAAGUUGCUCCUCUGUUGGUGCAGUACAUUUGGCAGCAGCAGCCGUUCAACCUCAGCUACCGUCCAGAGAAAGGGGGAGUCCCAGCACACUUGGGAGGCAGCACAGAGUUUGGUGAUAACGUUGAGGACGAGUGGUUCAUCGUUUACCUGCUCAAACAUCUUACACGCACCUUCAGUCAACUAGCCGCCACUGUCCAUGACAAUGACGGCCAGUUCCUGCUGAUUGAGGCGGCCGAACAUCUGCCCAAAUGGCUCGACCCCGACAGCAGUGAGAACAGGGUGUUCUUGUACCGGGGGGGGCUGUACAUAUUACCCAAUCGUGGUCGUUCUGGAGAAGUUGGCUGGCCUCGGGAUUCAGUGCCGUUGCUGAAGGAUGCUCUGGAUAUGCUGCACAAACAUGCUGACCGCUGUCUUGCAGAAAAACGGAUCCGAUCUGCAAUUGACCACAGAUUGGAGGGGUAUCCAGAUAAGAUCCAGACUAGUCUCCAUCACGCUCACUGUUACGUUCCUGCCGGUAUAGCUGCGUUGUUGUCACGGCGACCGGACCUGAUAGCCCCCGCUGUUUCUGCUUUUUAUCUGCGUGACCCCAUAGACCUGCAGGCCUGCAGAACGUUCCAGACCUUCCCCCCCGACACCAGGGUCCUCACAUCAGUAAAGUUCACUCGCUGUCUGUACGCUCAGCUGAUGCAGCAGAGUUUUGUUCCGGACCGGAGGAGCGGAUACACCCUGCCUCCUCGCUCAAACCCCAACUACAAAUCUCACGAGCUCGGCAUGAAACUGGCUCAUGGAUUUGAGAUCCUGUGCAGCAAGAGUGGGCGGGUUGGGGUGGGUGAGGAGACCCCGGUCAGUGCUGACCCUCGCUGGAGAGGCUUUCUGGGCAGCCUGCAGAAGAACGGCUACUUCAAGGGGGAACUGGAGGGCUCCUUCCUCUACAAGAAGCUAAUGACCUCAGCGGAGAACUUUUUCAAGCAGUCGGUUACAAGCACAUGCAGUUCUAGCGCUCGCUGCCCAGGUGAAGAGGUGUUGCAGGUGUUGGAGAGCACCCCCUACAGUCUAGAGGAACUAAAGAAGCUGGAAGAGCAUCUGCCAGCAGAGGACAGUGAUGACUGGCUAAACAUCACUCCUCAAGAGCUGGAGAAGUUCCUGGAGGAACGGGGAAGUCUGGGUGGUCCACGAAGAAAGGGAACAGGAGUGAGAGAGGAGGAGGAGGAGGAAAAAGAAGAAGAGGCUGGAUACAGUCUGGUGGCCGUAACUCAGGGGAUGAAGAGCUUCAUCAAUGCCAUGUCGUCACAUGAAGGAGCUGAGUUUCCACAGUCUUGCUUGUCAGAGCCCUUCAGUUUUGACCCUGAUGCAAUGACCAGUGCUUUGGACAGAUUGCUUGGCGGUAAACACGAGGAGCUGGAUUCUGAUGACUUUGAGGAUGAGGAUGAAGAUGAAGAUGAGGAUGAAGAUGAGGAUGAAGAUGAGGAUGAUGGUGAAGAAGAUGUGGGAUCCCAAAAACAGGAAGGAGCAGAGGCUUUGGGCAGUUUGAAGAGAUACAUGGAUGAAAUGGACCAGGAGCUUCAAACCACAAACGUCGGCAAGAGUUUUGCUCUGAAUGGCAAACAGGGUGAUGACAAAACAGAUGCAUCCAAAAGCUCAGAGCCAGCGGAAGAAGAGCUGCAGCCUCUGGAUGUAGACCUUAAUCUGGUCACUAAUCUCCUCGAGUCACUGGCAUCGCAGGCCGGCCUCGCUGGACCCGCCUCCAACCUGCUGCAGAGCCUGGGCAUCCACCUGCCCCCCAACGCUGACCAAUCCUGAACCCAAAAUGGUUUUUUUUCUCUCAUAGUCUCUAUUUUACCUGCUGUGUCUUUUCAUAUUACAUAUAUUACAUAAUGUAUUUUUGUACAGUAUUUUGUAACGUGUUUAUGCUCAUGGGGUUACAAUGAGGUUUGUCAAAAAACAUCAAAUAAAUGUAAUUAAAAACUA